AUGGACCAGAAGGAGCCCAAGUCGUCAGCCCUGAGGUUCACCAAUUACAAACCAGCUGGUUUCAGGGUUUCCUUCGCUCUGACCCUGUCAGCUCCUUCUGGGUCAGAGGUCAUCUGCCUGAAUGCUGAACUCAGCUUCUGUCUGCUGCGUUUCAGGGAGUCGUUCCCCUUCGACCAGCAGUUCAACAUCCUGAUGCGUUUCAUCGUGGACCAGACCCAGACCCCCAACCUCAAGGUCAAGGUCGCCAUCCUGAAGUACAUUGAGUCUCUGGGUCGCCAGAUGGACCCGACCGACUUUGUGAACUCCAGCGAGACGCGGCUGGCGGUGUCCCGCAUCAUUACCUGGACCACCGAACCGAAAAGCUCUGACGUCAGGAAGGUGAGAGGCAUUUCAUCCGAGAUACGAGAGCAAAGGUUUUCCACCUGAAGAUUAAAACUAUGUUUUGUUUUUAGCUCAUUUAUCUGUUUAUUCAAUAAAUUAGCAGUAAAAAGGUUUUGAAUUUAAAGUUUUGCUGAUUAAGAUGUGAUUUAAUGAAUUUCAAACCCUGAAAUUAACUGGAUCUGAAACUAUGAAAGCCUUUUAUCAGAAUCCCUAGUUGACCCAGUAGCGACUGAGUUCUGGUUCUGGUCCAUCACCUGGACGCCCCCCAUUAGAGAGACGGGGCAUCCACAGCUGGGCGAGCGAGGAGCUUCUGGAGAGACGAGUCCCACUUUGGUCCGGGUCCUGGAUCACGGUCGUCAUGGCGAUGACUGAGGGACGCUUGAG